AUGGGAGGGUCUGGCAAGACUACUCUCGCCAAAUAUUUAUUCAAUAGCAAGCAUUCAGAAUUUAAUCGAUCAACUAGUAUGUUUGAUGUGCGGGAAAACCAUGUCAAAGGUAAGUUGACUUCUCUGCAAAGUAAGCUUCUCAAUGAUCUGGGAGGGGAAAUAAAUCAUCAUAAUGAUUUGGAAGGAAAAAGGAAUCAGCAUAAAUUUCGUAGUACAGAAGAUGGAGUUGCUGUUAUCAAGGAUUACCUUAAAAAAAGCUCAGAAUUAAAGUUCCUUGUACUUCUAGACGAUGUUGAUCAUCAGACUCAGUUAGAUGCCCUAUUGCCCAUAGAUGUUCUCAAUCACAACAGUCUGGUGAUUGUCACGACCCGGGAUGAGAGGCUUCUUAUACAGACCGGAGUAAGAGUCCGUUAUAAGAUGAAAGAAAUGAAUCCACAGCAUAGCAGAGAGCUCUUCUGCUGGCAUGCGUUUCAUAAACAAUCUUGUAAAAGUGGAUUUGAUAAUUUGGUAGACAACUUUGUCCAAGUGUGUGGAGGAUUACCACUUGCUCUUCAAGUAAUGGGCGGGCAUGUUUUUGGCAGUGACAAAGCUUAUUGGAAGUUACAAUUAAAUGUUGCUAAGGAGGCAAGAGUACACAAAGACAUAAAACAUAAGCUUAAGAUAAGCUAUGAUGCUCUGGAAGAGGAUGAGAAACAGAUAUUUAUGGAUGUAGCAUGCUUUUUCAUAGGGGAAGAUGUGAACAGGGCCAAAAGUAUAUGGAGGGCUUCAGGGUGGAGAGCUGAACAUGGACUUCAGACUCUCAAGGACAGAUGCCUUGUUGAAGUGGAAACUUGUUUAGAUCCACAAGACUAUCCGGAUUGGAAAUGCCCUGUUGAAGUGAAAACUUGUUUAGAUCCACAAGACUAUCCGGAUUGGAAAUGCCCUUAUGAGCCAGAAUUUAUUUUGAGAAUGCAUGACCACCUCCGUGACUUAGGGAGAGAAAUGGCAGAUAAUGAAACGAGCCAUCCUCGUCGGCUGUGGCGUCCUGAAGAUCGUAUUGAUGUGAGCGAAGUCGAGGGAAUCCAAGACAUCCAUCCUGACUCCGAAGGAAAAAGUUUCAGAUGUUUCGCGCAUGACCUUAUAGGUGCUGAUGCCCUUGAUAUAACAUAUUUUCUGGGGAGUUCAAAGACAUCAACUUCUUUACAAUGGCUUCAACUUCACUCUAAGCAGGAAGAGUAUUCAUCUAUUCCUGAAUGCAUUCCUCUACAGAAUUUGCACACUUUAAGUCUUCAAAGAGUAUUACCUACGAUAUUGUGGCAAAGGGAUGACCAGGUUUCACUCAAGUUGAAAGAGCUAUAUUGCAACUUUUGUUGUUGGACAUUGUCAGACUUCACAAAUGAUGUGCUUAUGCCACAUUUAAACGAACUGGUGAGUUCGUUCGGAACUCUCAAACAUCUGGAGUAUUUGCACCUAGAAAUAGACGAGUUUGACUCAGUCUUGAAUAUCGAAUGGAAUUUGUUGCUGAAAUCUGUAAGAGAACUCACCAAUCUGAAAACUUUAAAGCUGGUAUUAUUUGCUGCUGUAGAAGGGGAAAUUGCUUUAAGCAACAGGGGAGAGACAACUGACGAUCGGUUUUGUAUGAGAAGCCUUGAAGCCAUAUCUCUGUGUGCAGGGAACACAAGAAAGGUCUCAAUUCAUGGAAAGUUCUGUCCCACCUUGAAAUCUCUUAAGCUUUGUUCUAUGACAGAUCUAAGUGAAGUGGAUUUAACAGGGGUAACCACACUGCAAUGUCUUGUGCUGUUCCGCUGUAAAAAGUUGACAAAAGUGUUGAGCAAUUAUGUGCCAGAACUUGAAAUGGUCCACAUAAAAUUAUGCUGGACUAUGACAGAGUUGCCAAAUUUUGGGCAUGUCAGUUGUCUCAAGAGGAUCUAUAUUAGCCGCUGUCGGGAUCUACAGGAUAUAUCAGCAAUUGAAAGAUUGAAGGGACUGGAGAGGAUAUGGAUUGCUUAUUGUCCAAAGCUGAAGAGUAUAAAAGCUAUUGAACAAUUGAAGGGGUUGAGAAGAAUCUGGAUUGAGGAAUGUCCACAGCUGGAGGGUGUAAUUUGUUUUAAAGAAUUGAAGGAGUUGAAGAGAAUCUUCAUCGGGGGUUGUCCGAAGCUGCAGAAUAUAAGGGGUAUUGAAGAAUUGAAAGGACCGAAGGAGAUGAUGAUUGCAGUCUGUCCUAUAAUAAGUGUCGUUGAAAGGUUGCAGAGAUUGCCGUCGGGGCUUACAAUUCUAGCAGGGAGAUGGACGCCAGAUCGGGAAGGACUUGACUCCAAAUGGACAUCGCUCAUGUCAGAUCUAAAAAAAUUGGGGACACAUUGUUUCUGUGAAAUAGAUUUGUUGAAAGAGAUAGAGGAGAAGAUCCAUUCGUUUCAUAAAACCCAGCAUUCGGUCAGUAGAAUCAUCUUUUGCGCUCUCUUUUCGGGGGAUGUUUACAUAGGGAGCGAAAUUUUGAUUAGGAGGUGGUUGGUUGACCUAGGAUAUGAUGGUGCAUUUUUCUCAUUUCGUGAUGGCGGAUGGACGAUAUGUACGUGCGUGGUUAAUGAAGAAAGGCUCUCAAAAUCUGACUCCUGGAUGCCAUAUUAUCAAAAUCGGAGUUUUAUGAAGGCGUUUAUAAUGGGAGUGGAGGCAGGUGAAGAAAGGAAAACCAUUCACAUAUUGCAAACCAUAUUUGCUCAACAAUACGUUAACAAUGGCGACUAUUCUAAUGCGGAGUCUCCUGAUGGCGACUACUUUGAUGGCGAGUAUCGAGCUAUGGAUUUUGAUGAUUUGACCGAGUAUGUUGAUGACGAUGAAGAAGAUGGUGGCGAUGAUGAUGAUGAUUAA